AUGGCAGGUGAAGUGAGGGGGCAUGUUCCGGUCCUCAAGCCUCACCAUCAGUUGUCUCUCUUUGCAGGUUCCCACCUCCGAAUUCUCCUCUCGUCUUGCACCAAGCUAUGCUCUUCCCCUCCCAUCCCAUCCGCUGCCCUCCACCCUCCCCAGGGCAUGUCGUGUGGCAGCUGUGCUGCUUCCGUGAAGAACAUUCUCGAGUCACAGCCUCCUGUAGUGUCUGCUUCCGUGAACCUUCCCAUGGAGACGGCACUUGUGACCAUCCGAUUGGCCGGGGGCGAGCCGCCGUCCGCUGCUGCUACAGCCGCAGCCCCCGCUACAGCCACCACCGCAACCACAGCCGUUCCAGCCGCCCCUGCUGCUGAGGAUACUGCUGGGGGCCACGGGUGGGCGGAUGGAGGGGCAGGGGCGGCAGAGGGGGGCGCGGCAGGGAUGGGGGUGUCUCGGGAGUGGCAGGAGCAGAGGCGGGUGGAGGUUGGGCGAGCACUAGCAGAGUAUCUGACAGAGUGUGGGUUCGAGUCCAAGCUCAGAGAGGAGUCAGCCAAGGGCUCAAGAGGCGCAGCAGCGGAGGAAGGGCAUGUGGCGGUGCCCGUGGGAGGAAUGGAGGAGGGGGAGGAGGGAGGGCCGCUCCUGGUGGCAUGGGCGCUGGCAGAAGCUUGCCUGGUGGGGCAUGCGUCGCACAUGCUGCAGGCGUCCUCCCUCGCCUCGCCUGGAACCAAGUGGCCUCACAUCACAUCCCUCAUUGUCUUCGCUCUCAUUUGUCCCUCCACUCUGCCCUCCCCAGGCCGGCGUCUCCUGGUGGCAUGGGCGCUGGCAGCAGCGUGUCUGGUGGGGCACGCCUCGCACAUGCUGCAGGCCUCCUCCCUCGCCUGGAAGCUGCCUGCCUGGACCCACGCCCUGCACUCCACGCCCGUGCACGCUCUGCUCUCCCUCACUGCCCUUCUUGGCCCCGGUCGCAAGUUGCUGCAGGACGGAUGGACCAGCCUGAGGCGGGGAGCGCCCAACAUGAACACGCUCGUCAGCCUUGGUGCCGUCUCCUCCUUUGCUGUCAGCGCUGUGGCUGCUGCCGUGCCAAAGCUGGGCUGGCCUGCGUUCUUCGAGGAGCCGCUCAUGCUGCUGGCGUUCGUGCUGCUAGGGAAGGCGCUGGAGGAGCGGGCUAAGAUCAAGGCCACCAGUGACAUGGCGGCUCUGCUAUCCCUGCUGCCCCCUCAAGCCCGUCGCAUCGUCCCUUCCUCGCCCUCACCCUCCCCACCUUCCUCUCCUGCUGCUGCAUCACGCCCGGCAGCCGCAUCAUCAGCAGCAGAAUCAGCAGCUGCAGCAGCCGCGGCAAGCAGCAGUUUUAGCGACACAGCAACGGAGGUGGUGCCCAUAGAGGCGAUCCAAGUGGGCGACCGAGUGCUUGUUCGCCCCGGGGAUCGCAUCCCGGUGGACGGCACAGUGGCGGGAGGGCGCAGCACAGUGGACGAGAGCAGCAUCACGGGGGAGCCGCUGCCGGUGCUGAAGCAGGCUGGGGACGAGGUGACAGCGGGCACGGUGAAUUUCAACGGGGCAAUGGUGGUGCAGGCGAGCAGGCAGGGCGGGGAUGCGGUGCUGGCAGACAUAGUGCGCAUGGUGGAGGAGGCUCAGGGCCGCCAGGCUCCCGUGCAACGAUUCGCUGAUCAGGUAUCCGGCAAGUUCUGCUACGGGGUGAUGGGCGUAGCAGCGGCCACUUUCGCCUUCUGGAGCACCCUCGGCCCCAAGCUCGUCCCGGCUGCCCUUGCUGCUGCCGGCCCUGGAGGCAGUCUGCUGCUGGCGCUGCAGCUCGCCUGUAAUGUGCUGGUUGUGGCCUGCCCGUGCGCCCUGGGUCUUGCCACCCCAACAGCAGUGCUGGUGGGCACAGCCGUAGCAGCAAGAAAAGGGCUGUUGAUCCGAGGGGGAGACGUGUUGGAGCGCUCCACUGCCGUGCAUACCGUGCUCUUUGACAAGACCGGCACGCUCACCCUCGGCCGCCCCACAGUCACGCGCGUGCGCCUGCAUGGGGAUGGUUGUGAUGCUGAAGAGAAUGAGCGUGGGGUUCGGAGACAGGGAGGAGGAGGGGGGAAAGGAGAAGAAGAGGAGAGGAGGAACGAGGUGCUGGUGUUGGCAGCAGCGGUUGAGCGGAAUUCCACGCAUCCCCUCGCGACGGCGAUAGUGGAAGCUGCUGGGAAGGAGGCGAGGCGGGCGCGGGUGGAGGACGGGUCGUUUUUCCAGCAGCCAGGGGCCGGGGCGGCGGCGGUAGUGGCCGGGCAGCAUGUGGUGGUGGGCACUCCUGAUUGGCUGCGAGAUAACGGCUGUGAUGUGCCUGUGGAACUUGAGGAGGCUGAUUUGAUGAGCAGCGCUGCAGAAGGGGCAUCCCCCGCAUCACCGACUCUCAGGCCUGCCAUGCCAGGCGACCCCACGCCAGGCGAGACCACCGUGUAUGUGGGGGUGGACGGCAGGCUCGCAGGCGCCAUCUCAUUGGUCGACAAGGUCCGCGACGAGGCGGCGGCGGCUGUAGCGGCGCUACAGGCCAUGGGGCUGCACACGGCGAUGCUGUCGGGGGACAAGAGACCUGCGGCCCUGGCGAUCGCUCAUAAAGUCGGCAUCCCUGAGAACGAGGUAUACGCGGGCGUGAAACCAGAGGGCAAGGCAGACUUCGUUUCGGCCCUUCAGGCAAAAGGAACCCGGGUGGCGAUGGUGGGAGAUGGGGUGAACGACGCAGCUGCAUUGGCUCGAGCCGACGUGGGCAUAGCCAUGGCUGGGGGGGUGGGGGCGGCGAGUGACGUGGCGUCAGUGGUACUGAUGGGCGACCGGGUGACUCAAGUGGUGGACGCCAUUCACCUCAGCCGCUGCACCUUCAACAAGAUCCGCCAGAACCUCGCCUGGGCGUUCCUCUACAACAUGAUUGGAGUCCCAGUGGCGGCAGGGGCGCUGCUGCCCUUCACAGGCACCAUGCUCACCCCCUCCCUCUGUGGGGCCCUCAUGGGAUUUGGUCUAAUCAAUCACAAGAAAAAGAUGGACGGAAAGCUGAGCUUUUGGGGCGUGGAGGUGAAGCCCAAGGAGACCCUCACAGUGGACCCCAACGACGAUGCUGACUACCUCCACAUUUCCCAGGCCGCGCUGGGAGUGCAAGCGAAGGACAACGAGAGAGUGGUGGUGCAGCUGAGGGAGGAGAUCGACGAGGAAGACGACGAUGACGAGGACGAGGCUCCUCCGGCGCCCGUGACGGUGGUGCUGGGCACGCUCGUGAAGGGCAAAGUGGACCAGAUGAGCCUCGAUCUCGUGCUCGACCGGCCGUUCAGCCUCUUCCACUCCGGCUCGCACAGCAUCUUCUUCUCCGGGUACAAGACGCGCGACAGCGGCGACGAUGACGAUUAUGACAUGGACGAUGAGUUCGACGAGGAGGAUAUUGAGGAGGACGAGGAGGAGGAGGAGGAGGAGGCGGAAGACACACCGCCGAGCAAGAAGGCCCCUGCCGCCGUUGCAGCCAAGGCUGGGAAGAAGGGGGCAAGCCCGAGCAAGGACGCAGAGAUGGAAGACGCGGCGGAGCCAGCCAAGCCCGCCGCUGCUGCUGCUGCCGCUGCUAAACCUGCCGCUACACCCGAGCCUGCAGCGGGCGCCAAGCGCCAAGCGGAUUCUCCCGCGGCCACGCCCUCGCCUGCGCUAUCCAAGGCGCAAAAGAAGAAGCAACGCAGAGAAGCUGCCAUAGCUGCUGCCGCUGCCGCUGGUGGUGACGCAGCUGCUGCCUCCCCUGCCGCUCCCUCUCCCGCUCCUGCCAAGGAGGCUGCCAAGCCUGCCACUCCUGCUGCCAAGCCUGCAGCAGCAACACCAGCAGCAGUGACACCGCCAGCAGCAGCAGCAGCAGGCACGCCAGAGCCUGGCGCCACAGCAACCCCUGCGUCUGGAGGGAAGAAGAAGGCUAUUUUCCACUGCACAUUGUGCCCCAAGAAGUUCAAUGCUGAGGCAUUUCUGAAGAAGCACAUGGAGACCAAGCACUCAGCCUAA